ACUCGUUCACGUUAGCAGAUUCUACUUUUCAAACUAAAUAUACAUAGAGGUACUUUGGAACAGUAUACCUUAUUAUUUAUUUUAUAUAUCAUGAUUUGGCAUUAUUUAUCAUGAUUAUUUUGGCAAUACAGUCUAUCGUAGGUACAGCUUUAUAAAUUUCUGGAAAUUCAAACAAACUAAAGUUUGUCAACAUUUUACUAUUCUCUAACGAGAAAUAAAAGAAAAAUAACAUGAGCAAAAACAAUGGAACCGAAGCACCUGUUUGUAAAAAACCACGAAUGUCACGUAAAGGAAGCACCAAAUGUAUAGUCUCAUCAGACAAUAACUGUGAAGAACUCAAUUCUGACAAAACAUUAAAACCCGUUAAAAGUGUAAAGCACUUAGCUAAAUUUCGUUUCAAAAUUGCUGGAGAACAAGCAAGUCUAGAAACUAUAAAUGUUGAAAGGGUACCAUUAGUACUUACAGAUAUUCAACAUCUUCUACUCCAUUCCCUUUUAGGAAGCCUUAAUUUAUCACAGCCACCUCGGUGGUAUGUUUUAGAAAAAUGUGGCAAAAUCACCCAAACUACUUGCUUAAUUUUGGAAGGUGUUUCUGUUAAACACUUAGAAAACUAUUAUGAAGAUCUAACUUGCUUAAAAACAAUUUUUAAUCAUACCGUUGAAGUUCUCACACCAUCAGUUUAUAAUGGCUCACUAGUUCAAGAACUAGCUUUAGUACCAUUAACUGAACUAGAAAAAGAAAGCUUAAUACAGAAAUAUGGUUCUAUGAAUUUAGCUCUCGAGGUUAGAAAAGAUCUAAUGGUCAUGAUGAGAGCAAUUUUUCCAAUUGUUGAUCAGAGUGAAAGCACAAAUGAAAUAAGAUGCAAUGAUAAAUUUCCUAGAACACAACUUAUUCUAUCAGCUUGGCAGUUGUUAGAGGAAAAUUACCCUGUACCUCUGAAAGGUAAAUUGCAACACACAUAUUCAGAUUAUGUAAUGAGUAAAGAGGAAUAUACACCCGUAACAGCAACCUCACCACUAUUUGGUAUAGACUGUGAAAUGUGCAUUACAAAUGCUGGGUCAGAAUUAACUCGUAUAUCUGUAGUGAAUGAAAAACAUGAAGUUGUCUAUGAAUCCUUGGUUAAGCCCUACAACGAUAUAACAGAUUAUUUGACACGAUUUUCUGGAAUUACAAAGCCAAUAUUGAAUGAUGUAACAAAAAGACUUGAGGAUGUUCAAAAAGAUUUACGAGAACUUUUACCAUCAGAUGCUAUUCUUGUAGGUCAAUCAUUAAAUGUAGACAUGCAUGCUUUAAAAAUGAUGCAUCCAUACAUAAUUGAUACAAGCGUAAUAUUUAAUUUUAUGGGUGAAAGAUCUCGUAAACCAAAAUUAAAAUCUUUGGUAAAAGAACUAUUGAGAGAAGAUAUCCAAUGUGGCAAAAAUGGACAUUGUUCUGUAGAAGAUUCCUUAGCUUCAUUGAAAUUAGUGCAACUUAAACUCAGUAAAAACAUUGAAUAUGGAGAUGCAGUGCACACAAACAGAGAAAAAUUUAAAGAAAAUAUAAUAAAAAUGGCACAGUCUGAACAUUACACAAUCUCAAUAUUCAACCGCAUGAUGGAACACAAGAAAUCUUCUUUGAUUGUUGGAUGUGACAACAUUACAGGGGAUUACCACACAUACUUGUCUCAAGCAAAAGAAAAUAUGACAUCACAGUUAAAAAGAGGGAAAGGGAUGUCUAAAAAAAUUAAAUUGAAUACUGUUGAUACAGUUGACGAAGUGAUAUCAACUCUAUGUAAUGCUGUUUCUGAAUAUAAUUUUACUAUGGCACAUUUGAGAUUGAAAUUAGAUACUUCAAAUGAACUAGAGGAGAUUAAAAAAAUAGAUAAGUGGAUAAAAAGUGUGUGGAACAGUGUUGAGCAAUCAGCUCUGUGUAUAGUAGUGCUUGGAGGAACAACUGUAGACAAUGGCGUUGCUAUGAUAAGAGUUAAAGGGUCUUGACAUGCCUCAUUCUAUCGAAACUAUCAUUAAACGA